ACGCGCCACAAGGCGGCGUUCUUACAUCUUCUCUCCAACCGUCUGUAAGGGGAAAAGAAAAAGGGCAGAAAGAAGUUGCUGAAGAAUCGGCCAAAGAGGGGGGGAAAGCAGAAGAAGAAAGAAGAAGAAAGGAAUGUCGAGCGAAUCGGAAGAAGAAGCUAUUGGGGAUGAUGAGAUCACCGUUGAAGGAGAAAAAGAGUCAUUUCGCAAGGUUGUCAGGAAGCGAUUGUCCGAACGAUCUGAGAAAGUUGCUCAAACAAAGGAGAUAUUGUCGAAGCAAGCGGUUCAUACCAAGGAGAUCUUGUCAAAGCAGGCUGUUAAGAUUGCAAAACAAGCUGAAGAGCAUGAAAGGUUUAUCAACAAGGUGACGCAUCUCUUGGGGGUUCUUGGAUUUGGUGCAAUUUGCUUCCUAUUGGGAGCUAGACCACAAGAUAUACCAUACGUGUAUUGUUUGUUCUAUGUUACGUUUGUUCCAUUGCGAUGGAUCUACUAUCGGUUCAAGAAAUGGCACUACUAUCUUCUGGAUUUCUGCUACUAUGCCAAUACAAUUUUCUUGGUCAUGCUUCUUUUUUAUCCGAGAAAUGAGAAGUUUUUCAUGGUUUGCUUCUCAUUUGCAGAAGGACCAUUGGCAUGGGCAUUGAUCGUUUGGCGUUGUAGCCUAGUGUUUAGUUCUGUUGACAAAAUCGUCAGUGUCCUGAUACAUCUGUUACCUGGGAUUGUUUUCUUCACUAUCCGCUGGUGGGAUCCAGUGACCUUUGCAGCCAUGCACCCGGAGGGGAAGGCAAGUGGCAUAGCUUCAUGGCCAUAUGUUGAGGAUAAGUCCUAUCUGUGGACAUGGCUGUUUGUAGUUCCAUUGGUUGCUUAUACCCUAUGGCAAGUCCUUUAUUUCCUUAUAGUUAAUGUCCUUCGUCGACAGAGGCUCUUGAGGGAUCCCGAAGUGAUGACUUCUUACAGGGAACUCUCGAAGAAAGCAAAAAAGGCAAACAACCUAUGGUGGCGUUUGAGUGGGUUGCUUGGGGACCAGAACCGCAUGUUCAUGUUCAUCUUGCUCCAAGCAGUCUUCACUGUCGCAACUAUGGCCCUGACAGUCCCCAUCUUCAUGUCGUACAAGAUGCACGUUACUUUCCAAAUUCUAAAGGUGUCUGCAUCUAUAUGGAACGGCGGGAGCUUUCUUCUUGAAGUGAUGCCAAGGCAAGAGGUACUCAAGGAGAAGAAGAAGUUGGAGAUGAAGCCCAUACCCAUGCAGCAGCAGCCGGAUCUAUCAUUGGUCACGGACCCUUUGACACACAGUGACUGCCAACAUGCGUAGGUCAGUCAAUCUGAACCGUCAGCUUGUAUGAAUAAUACUAACACCUUGUAAAAUUCUAUUUUGCAUGCCAAGAAGUUUAAAUAUCUAAAACUAUACGGACUUCACUGAGUCAUGUUUCUGUAGUUCAACCACAACCCCCCCACCCCCCAACAACAAAAAAAAAAAAAAAAUCUGCUGGAAAAAAACAGGUCCUAAACACUUGUAUUUGUCAUGAUAGCAUGCCAGAACAUCUCAUUGUAGAUGUGUUAUUGUUUAUUGGUGAA